GUUCCUAGCUUCUUGUUUUCGCUACUUACCCUUUGUUCGAUUUCUCCGCCGCUGCCAUGGCCUUGGUCGUCGAGAAAACCACCGGUGGCCGCGAGUACAAGGUGAAGGACCUCUCUCAGGCCGACUUAGGCCGCCUCAAGAUGGAGCUCGCCAAAGCCGAAAUGCCCGGCCUAUUGGCUUGCCUUGACGAGUUCGGCCCUUCCCAGCCUCUCAAAGGCGGUAGAAUUACCGUUUCCCUCCCCGUGAACUUUCAAACCGGUGUCUUCAUCGAAACUCUAACUGCUCUGGGAGCCGAAGUUCGCUGGUGCUCCUGCAGCAUCUUUUCCAUUCAGGAUCGCGCCGCGGCCGCCAUCGCACGUGACAGCGCCUCCGUGUUCGCUUGGGAGGGGGAGACUCAUGAGGAGUACUGGUGGUGUACCGAUCGUGCGCUUGAUUGGGGCCCUGACGGUGGUCCAGAUCUGAUUGUUGACUAUGGUGGGGACGCUACCUUUUUUAUCCACGAGGGUGUUAAAGCUGAAGAGAGUUAUGCCAAGAGUGGUCAAUUGCCAGACCCGUCUUCUGCUGAUAAUGCUGAUUCCCAGAUUGUUCUCGCUAUUAUCAGGGAUGGGUUGGAGGCUGAUCCCUUGAGGCACCACAAGAUGAAGGAGAGACUCGUUGGUGUCUCUGAAGAGACAACUAUUGGUGUUAAGAGGCUUUACCAGAUGCAAGUUAAUGGAAAUCUGUUGUCGCCUGCGAUCAAUAUCACUGACUCCGUCACUAAGAGCAAGUUCAUUAACAUGUGCGGUUGCCGCUAUGCUCUUUUUGAUGUGAUAAUGAGAGCGAUGAUUCCUGGGAAAACAGCUGUUGUGUGUGGGUAUGGAGAUGCUAACGAGGGAUAUGCUAUUGCGCUGAAGCAGGCUGGUGCUAACGUGGUUGUGUAUGACCUUGAUCCCCACCGUGACCUUCAAGCUCGCCUGAGAGGUUUGUCAGUUAUCAAGAGCUUUGACGAUGUUGUUUCUGCGGCGGACAUAUUUGUUACUCCUAGUAUCAACAAGGGCAAUAUCGUUGUGGCUAACCAUGUAAAGAAGAUGAAGAACAACGCCAUUAUUUACAUCAUGGAUCCAAUAUUGGACCUUAAUGGCAACAUCUAUGCUGGACUCGAGCAAUCUGGCAUGCAGCGCACCAUCGUCAAUCUUCAAACUCACAAAUGGGUCUCUCCUGAGACUAAUUCAAGCAUUAUCGUAUUGAGCAACGCAGGAUACCCUAGUUUUAUGUUGUCUUGGUCUUAUACAUGCCUUGUGGUUGCUUUGCUUGAGUUGUGGAACGAGCGAGGGACAGGCAAGUACGAGAACAAGGUUUAUGCUUUGUCUGAACAUCUUGAAGAGAACGUGUCUGCUCUUCACCUUGCUAAACUUACAGCAUCGAGUGUGGUGAAGACGACCAAAAAAGAGACCAAGGGACAGGGUGAUCAUGUCUCUGUGCCAAUUGAAGAACAUGGAAAUGUCUUCACUACAAGCACUGUGCCAAAAAAAGGUGAUAAGAAGAGGAUAUUAUUCUUGGGUGUUCAAGCUUGUUCGCUUUUUGGCAUUAUCGCUUUGGGUCUUGCUACGGCUUCCAAAAUUAAAAUGGAGCUCUCAUUUUGUGCUAUUUGGGAGUAAUUGAAGGGUGAGAGAAGUGGCUUCGUAAGUCUUUUCUUUCCUUCUUUGUUUUUUUUUUCUUGGGGUUUGUUGGAAAUUCGGUCACAUAGUAAGUAAAGUUGAAUUAGUUGUAUUUCAUUCCGUCCAUGUAAGGUUCUAGUCCAUAGAGCCGUUCAGUUGAUGUAUAGGUAUGGUGGGAUGUGGUGUUCCUACCAUAUAUAGAGGAUAACUUGGGUCUCUUUUUUCAAGGUCCUCAUAGGUCAUGACGUUUAAUCAUCACUCUUAAAAGCAGGGAUGGUUAAUUGUUGUAUAGGUAUGGUGGGACGUGGAGUGUCCACCAUUUAUAGGGAAAGAAUGAUUUGGGUCUUUGUUUAUCACCCUCAAAUAGAGGGAUGCUUCAUUGUUGUAUGAGCAUGUUGCUCUUUGAAUUAUGAAUUUGUUUUAUCCAUCACUUCUUGUUAUUUUCUAUCGAAUUAAUAUUGUCAAUAGAGAUGAUUAAGUAUCUUCA